UCUGAGUACUGCAAGACUGAGUAUUGCAAGACUGAGUACUGCAAGACUGGGUACUGCAAGACUGAGUACUGCAAGACUGAGUACUGCAAGACUGGGUACUGCAAGACUGAGUACUGCAAGACCGAGUACUGCAAGACUGGGUACUUGAAGACUGAGUACUGCAAGACUGAAUACUGCAAGACUUGGUACUGCAAGACUGAGUACUGCAAGUCUGAGUACUGCAAGACUGAGUAUUGCAAGACUGAGUACUGCAAGACUGGGUACUGCAAGACUGAGUACUGCAAGACUGAGUACUGCAAGACUGAGUACUGCAAGACUGAGUACUGCAAGACCGAGUACUGCAAGACUGAGUACUGCAAGACUGAGUACUGCAAGACUGAGUACUGCAAGACUGAGUACUGCAAGACUGAGUACUGUAAGACUGAGUACUGCAAGACUGAGUACUGUAAGAGACCUACAACGCAGCCGUAG